GUGGCCAUGGUUCUGAUACUGUUGGUGGCCAUCCCCCUGCUGGUCCACACAACCAAAGGGAGGAACACCGGAAAUGCGGGGAGCCAUUAUGAAAUGCUUGGGAGCUGCAGGAUGGUAUGUGACCCCUACGCUACGUCUCAGCCUGGCCAGGAGGUGUCAGCUGUGUCUCCGCCGCCCCAGGAUUACUCUGGGAAGAAGAUAAAGUCGGGGCUUCGCGGGCCUCCAGGGAUCCCUGGCCCUCCAGGAGCACGUGGACCCCCUGGAGAGCCAGGCAAACCGGGGCCACAGGGGCCCCCAGGUCCAGGUCCUGGUGGCUAUUCACCUUCGCUCUACACUCCCAAAAUUGCCUUUUACGCAGGGCUACGCAAGCAGCAUGAGGGGAGUGAAAUACUGAAAUUUGAUGAUGUAGUGACCAAUGUAGGUAACUACUACGAGCCCAGCACCGGCAAGUUCACCUGUCCUCUGCCUGGCAUCUACUUUUUCACCUACCAUGUUCUAAUGAGAGGUGGUGAUGGGACCAGCAUGUGGGCAGACCUGAAGAAGAACGGACUGGUAAAAGCCAGCGCCAUCGCUCAGGACGCUGAUCAGAAUUACGACUACGCCUCCAACAGUGUGAUCCUGCAUUUGGACGUGGGCGAUGAGGUGUGUGUGCAGCUGGAUGGAGGGAAGGUCCACGGAGGGAACACGAACAAGUACAGCACCUUCUCCGGCUUCCUCAUCUACCCAGACUGA